AUGGAGGAGAUGGAAGCCCCCAUGAGUGUGUCUGUGAACCACCUGGAUGAGCAGUCUGUCCACACAGACACCGCGCUGCUUCUGCACCUUGAUGCUGUUGAGAAGUUUAGGAGUAAAUUAAAGUACUUUUUCAUGAGUCCUUGUCAGAAAUUCAAAGCUCGGGGAAGGAAGCCUUGGAAACUUGUGUUGCAGGUCCUUAAAAUGGCCAUUAUUACAGCUCAGCUGGUUUCAUUUGGGCUCAGUAACCAGAUGGUGGUAACAUUCAAAGAUGGAAAUCUGAUGUCAUUCAGACAUAUUUUUCUGAAAGGCUAUACUGACAGCACCGCUGAUACUUAUGCUGCUUACACAAAGGAUGAAGUGUAUGAUCGCAUCUAUUUUAUAAUAAAUCAGUAUGUUCACCUGCCAAAUCUCACAGUGGGAAACCACGCUUAUGUGAAGCAUGAAGGAAUCUAUGGACCACUUUCCCUUUGCCAGGAGUUUUACAGAAAGGGUAACAUUUUGCCUGGAAAUGAAACAUUUGACAUUGACACCCAAAUUGAAACAGAAUGUGUUCAAGUUUACCCAAUGCGGCAGAUAGAUGAAGCUGCAGAAGAAGGAAACUACUUGAAUUUCACUUUGAAUUUUAAAAGGUUAUUAUCUGUGACUAUUUCCUUCACUCUCAAGGCUAUAAACCUUCAGACUGUUCGCCAUCAUGAGCUACCCGACUGCUAUGAUUUUAUGGUUAUGAUCACUUUCGAUAACACAGCACACAGUGGAAGAAUAAAAAUUAACCUGGAGAAUGAUGUUGACAUCAAUGAAUGCAGAGACUGGAAUGUCACAGGGGAAUCGAACAGGAACUUCAAUUCCACUCUGUUGUUUGAUUCCGUUGUUAUUCUGAUAUGCUUGGCAUCCCUGGCUCUCUGCUCCCGUUCAUUUAUAAAGGGGAUACAGCUGAUGUUUGAAUACAUUACAUUUUUCCAGUCCUUCCAUGGUAAGAAUGUACCCUGGUCAGACCGGAUGGAGUUUGUGAACGGCUGGUAUAUACUGAUCGUUAUCAGUGAUACCCUAACCGUUGUUGGCACCAUCCUCAAAAUUGCAAUUCAGACAAAGAAUAUAACAAGUUAUGAUAUCUGCAGUAUUUUGCUGGGGACAGCAACAAUGUUGGUGUGGGUCGGAGUCAUUCGUUACUUGGGCUUCUUUAAGAAAUAUAACAUUCUCAUCUUAACCCUGAGAGCAGCAUUUCCAAACGUGAUUCGCUUCUGCUGUUGUGCGUCCAUGAUCUAUUUUGGUUACUGCUUCUGUGGGUGGAUUGUGCUGGGACCUUAUCAUGAGAAAUUUCGAACCUUGAACACCGUGUCAGAGUGCCUUUUCUCCCUCAUCAAUGGAGACGACAUGUUCUCAACAUUCAAGAACAUGCAACAGAAAAGCUACUUUGUGUGGCUGUUCAGUCGGCUCUAUCUGUACUCGUUCACCUCGCUCUUCAUCUACAUGGUGCUAAGCCUCUUCAUUACCCUCAUCACUGACACAUAUGAAACCAUCAAGCAACGCCAGAAAGAUGGUCACCCUAAAUCAGAUCUCCAUGCAUUCAUGGCAGAGUGCAAAGACAUGCCUAAUAUGGGAAAGUAUCAUGUAGAGGAGGUGCCAACUCCAUGCCUUUUCUGCUUUUAUUCUUGGCCCCCAUGCCUGCGUUUGGAGUCGAGGAGGGCGCGGGACAGUGUAGGCCACUUCCCCAUCUACUUCCACUGGAGGGGGUGUCAGGUCUCCCAGGGUGGCUUGGAACAGGGAGGAACCAGUUAUGCUCAGUGGGGACCUCAGAGGAACCAGGGUGCCAGGGGAAUAAAGGAGGCUAGUAACCCAGGACGCACUGGAAAGGGGACAGGCCUGUAG